AUGGCCACGGGCACCGGCCGACCGUGGUGGGCGCCGCCGACGCCGCCAUCCGCGGCGGCUCCCUCCGCCCCGCGGUUCCCCUCCCCGCCGUCGUCGUUCACGGCCGACCCGCCGGCGGAGUUCCUCUGCCCGAUCUCCGGCACGCUGAUGGCGGACCCAGUCGUCGCGCCGCCGGGCCAGACCUUCGAGCGCGCCUGCAUCCAGGCCUGCGCCGCGCUCGCCUUCUCCCCGCCCGCCGUCGCCGCCGACCUCUCCGAGUCCCACUCCUCCUCCUCCUCCCCGCUCGUGCUCGUCCCCAACGUCGCGCUCCGCACCGCCAUCCUCAACUGGUGCGACCGCCUCGCGCUCCCGCACCCGGAGCCGCUGUCGCCGGACACCGCCCAUGACAUCGUGCGCCGCCUCAUGCCGCCGCCGCAGCGGCAGGAGCAGCAGCAGCGCCCGCAGACGCAGGUCGCCUCGUCGGUUCGGGUGAGGAGACCCAGCGUCGUCGACGGCGGCUCCGCGCAGGUGCAGGUGCAGGAGCCGAGCUCCAGGCAGAGGGGUGACGCUCUGGAGGAGGAGAUCAUGGCCGCGCUCGGGACGGAGGGCGCCACCCCCGCGGAGCAGGCGUCGGCGAUGGCCUUGCUGCGGCAGGCGACGCGGGAGAACCAGGAGGUGAGGCGGCAGCUCUGCACGCCGCGCCUCCUCGCCGCGCUGCGCCCCAUGCUGCUGUCGCCCGACGCCGACGUCCAGGUCAACGCGGCGGCGGCAGUGGUCAACCUGUCGCUGGAGCCCGAGAACAAGGUGCGGAUCGUGCGGUCCGGGGCGGUGUCGCCGCUCGUGGACGUGCUCCGCGGCGGACACCCGGAGGCGCGCGACCACGCCGCGGGCGCCAUGUACAGCCUCGCCGUGGAGGACGAGAACCGCGCCGCCAUCGGCGUGCUCGGCGCCAUCCCGCCGCUGCUGGAGCUGUUCGCGGGCGCCGCCGGCGCCGCCGGCCACCGCGCGCGGCGAGAGGCCGGGAUGGCGCUCUACCACGUAUCCCUCUCCGGGAUGAACCGGUCCAAGAUCGCGCGCGCACCUAGCGCAGUGCGGACGCUGCUGGCUGCGGCGGAGGCGCGGGACCGCUCGAGCGAGGGCGACGCCGCCGCGCUCCGGAGGCUGGCCGUCAUGGUCCUGGCCAACCUCGCGGGCUGCCCCGACGGGCGCGCCGCGCUGAUGGACGGCGGCGCCGUGGCCGCGGUCGUCAGGCUGAUGCGCAACGGCUCCGUGGCUCCCGGGAGCGCCGAGCAGGAGUAUUGCAUAUCGAUGCUGUACGGAAUGAGCCGGGGCAGCAUGAGGUUCCGCGGGCUCGCGCGCGCCGCGGGGGUCGAGGCCGCGCUGCAGCCGGUGGCCGAGGGCGACGGCGGCGUGGGGCGAGACCUGGCGCGGCGCACGCUGCGGGCUAUGCGCGGCGAGGACGACGAGGGACCUGUCACGGCCACCGGACUACUCGGACGGCAGUGGGACGACGGCAGCGUCGUGUCGGAGGGGCUUGUCUCCAUCCGGCGACCACCGCACCGGAGCAAUUACGCCGGGCCGUCCGGGUCAAACACAACCCAGUUCUGA